CCUUGCUGUGAAGUAGUUUCGUAUUGUAUUCUGCAGCAGUGAAGUUAAAUCAACUUGAUUAGAGUAUCAAAAUUAGUCAUUGUACACCAGGUAACUAUAUUGCGUUCUUUAUUUAUUUUCUUGAUUAUCGUGCAUGUAAUGGAUUAAAUUUAACUAUUGGUUAUUUGCACAUCGUUUCAAUAUAACAAUGAGCUUUUAAAAAUUCAAGGUUGUUCAAUAGUUGAUAAUCGGCAGGAAGAUAUAAUGCAUGUAUGCAAGGUAUAAACAUCAGCAUAUAAUAUAGGUGAAUCAAGGUGAUACUGUUUUUAGUCAUGAAUUACUAUGCGGCUUUCUUGUCCUCUUUUCCUAUUUCGUAACUUGCGCAACUUGGUCUACCAGCCCACUCGACAGUACUUGAACUAUACGCACAGGCGUGGAAGAAGGGGAAGGGGCUGGGCUGUUUUUUGAUCGGAAGUUUUUGGUCAUGCAGUUUGUACUUAAAAGUCGGGAAGCUUAUACUUAAAAAUUGGGCAAUUGUACUGAACUGGUGGAAAUAGGAAGAAAUAUGCUACGUGUGUAAACGGUCUUAAUGUAUGUUUCGAAAAUCCCCCUCCAGCCCCCGUCGACAACAACUUUGGGAUAUAUACAAAUAUGUAUAGGUUGGACAAUUUCACAAACGUCGGGCAAAUUUUCCCCUCCCAUUACGCCGACUAUUUUCUUAUCUAUUGUCGGUGAUUAUUGUGGUAUUAUAAUCGUAUUAUAGAAAACUUUAUUGUACAAUUUUUGUGUCAAAAAUGAUUAGUAAUAAAAGAUAAGUUGUACUAUAGCCAAAAAUGUUUGUAAUGUUAUUAUAAGUACUAAAGUGGUGGGUUCCGGACUGAGAAAUUAUAAUAUCGUGCAUAUGACAGUUUAACUUUUGUGCUUAGAUUAGAAUGUAAUAGAAUGUGAUUGUAUUGAACUGUAAGAUCAAAUGUAACUUAUAGUUGCUAAUUGCGUUUUUAAAAAGUUUGUAAAAAGAAACGUGUGUGUGCGUGCCGUGUGUGUGUCGAAACAGCCGUAUGGGCAGUUUUAUUCAUUGAAGGCAGACAACGAAAUAUGCGACCAUCUAUUCGACCUACGUUCGUGUGUUUACUGUUUACUGUUUAAUCAGUUAAUCCUAUUACCCCACUUAAAGUCAUUUCACUCAUUUCCAAAUUAACAUUGGACUGGACCAUUUCCAUGUACCAUAUAUGCAUAUAUAUUCUAUUUAAUAGUGUGAAUGGUAGUACAUUUUUGGAAUCUAUUGUUUCUGACAAAACAUAACGGUGCAUAUAACGGUUCGACGGAUUUAUUUUUCAAGAAUUACGUUUGAUAUCUUUGUGAUCUUUGCAGCUCGAUCGUGUCUUAAUUAUGCUCGGUUCAAUGCUAUAUUUAGCACGAAGGCGUAGCAUGACCUCUGUUGUCCUUGACAAUUGUUAUUUUGGUGCAAUUUACUAAUUACUGAGUAUAUAACUACAUUAUAGUUGUUCAGUUUGUCUGAUCGCAAUUUGAGUUUUAAUUGAACAAAAAUCUUUUAUUUUUUCACUAUGAAAACGUCUAGCCCUAGGCCUAGGCCUAGGGCUAAAAUUAAUCAUCUGCAUGCUUGAACAGGUUUUAAGUACCUUUACAAACUCAUCAGACCAUAUUCUUUUGUAUUUCGUCGGUUUUCAACUCCCCCGUAAUAACCUUCAGUCUAAAAGCAGGCGGUGGUAUUUGAUUUCUCCGGGGGGAAUACGGGGUUGAAGGUUAUUACGGAAAAAUAAUAACCGGGUAGCAGGUUAUUACGGAAAAAUAAUAACCGGGUAGCAGGUUAUUACGGAAAAAUAAUAACCUGCUAGUCUGCUACCAGGUUAUUAUUUUUCCGUAAUAACCUGCUACCAGGUUAUUAUUUUUCCGUAAUAACCUGCUACCCGGUUAUUACGAAAAAAUAAUAACCAGUUACCUGGUUUUACAUUUUCAAUUCAAGACCUGGCAUGAGUCUUGAAUUCGGGACUUGAAUUUGCAGGAAAACUCAAGACCCACAUCUCCUUUUCGACUAGAAAAACGUUGCACGUCUCUAAAGUCGAGAAACAGACAACAGCCGUGUACCUCAGAGCCCGUCAAAACUCUACCAUUGGUAAGAGUAUCUAUCAUUCGGCGCACGAGGACUAGCUGGAUCAACCAUCAAACAUGCUUGUGCAGGGAAUUUAUACAGUAAUAUCUGCUCUUUUGCUUGUGGGACGUGGAAUGAUAUACUGCGCAUGCUUAACCACAUUUUAAAGCGUGUUAAUGCGCAUGUUACACCUAGUUAUUUCGUCCCACAACUGCAGCGACCUCUCAUUGAAUUAAUAUAGCUUGAAUUUUUAAUGAAGAAAACCUCCAAAAUUCAAAAGAAUAUGGUCUGAUGAGUAUAUAAACAAGUUAAAAGCCGCGGGUAUCGGUUUUUAUUAAACUGUAAAGACUUCACAGUUUAAUAAAAACCUCUCCCUUGGCUUUUAACCUAUAUGUAAUGAGUGGCUGGGAUAAUUUCCUUCGAGCUUUCAAAAGUUGAAUCCAAUUGAAAACUCAUCAACCAAUCACAAAUUACAAUAUAUACAGACGUUGAUGGAUCAGUUGAAACUAAUACCAAACUGCACUGGUGAAAAAGCGGAGAAGGAACAUUAAUAUUUAAUAUUUUUCCUUGCAGCCCAACCAAGAUGAUUAUUGGAAGCAUUUUAUUCGUUAUUACCUUUAUGAGUCUGGAUUUGUCUUCAGGACAGUCAGGUACUGUUUAGAUAAGAAGUAUAGUAUUAUAUAUAUAGGUCAAUCAGGAUUUUUAGAGUGGCGGAAAGGUGGAGGAAGGGUGAUGUAAGUUGAAGCAAGGAUGGAGGAAGGGUGGCGUGAAAUGCUUGGGGUGAUGUGAGCUGAGUUGUCUGAGGUUGAACAGGGUGGAAAGUAUAGUGGAAUCCGUAUUAAUUAGUAUGCAACAACAUUUUUACGAUUAAACACCCUAGCAUACUGAAACAUCUUUACCCCAAGGCCAAGUCUGGGAUUGCAGGAUAGAGAAAAGCUAAAACGGUCGUUUUCAACAUUUUCAUGCAUUUUUAAUUUUUAUGAUAAACAUUGGUAAGAAAAAAGAAAAUUAGUUGCUGUAGUCGUAGGGUUGGUUAAAGAACAUUUAUAACUUGAUGUUACAACUUUCAAGUUCAUUUCACAGUGGCACAUGCAUGCACUUGGACAGACUUCUCAGUCAAUCAUUUCCAAGUUUAUUUUCAUAUCGUUUAGACGCCAACCUUCCAUCCUUAUGUUGUAUUACUGGUGACAACAGGAACUACAGAGUGAACACAACAUUUAUAACCGCUGAUUGUAAAUCUAAAUGUGUGUGUACUCAUGAUGCAUAUCUUGCAUGUAUUCCACUUUGUCCUAAAGCAAUCCUAAAGUGUCCUGUUGGUUUCAUACAAAAAAAUGUCAGCAAAGUUAUCAUGAAUAAUAACCGAAUUUGUAACUGUCCAAAAUACGAAUGUGUACCAAUACAAGGAUCAGGUAGGUUGUUUACUAAUCAUGAACUACCAUCUUGAGCACUAUUCAUGCCCUGUUAGCCAGCAUUCGCACCCCUCUCCCUUGCCCCCCCCCCCCCAUGCAAUUCGACUGAUAUGUGACUAGUACCAAAUACUGUCAGCAUUGGUUGGGAGGGCGUAUAAUGGUGAGAAACCAACAUCAUACUUUUUUAGCUUGAAAAUAGCACUGCUGCAUGCAUGAUCUCAGCUAGUUUUGUGAAUGAUUCUAGCUACACACAUGCUGAAUGACUAAGACUGCACAGAAUGAAGCAUGUCGAAUGCAUGAGAAGAUAGCCGGGAAGGUAAAGGGAUAAUAUAGUGAAUAGAAUAGAGCAUAAUAUCGCAGUUUUAAAACAUAGAAGCAAAUUUCCUUUAAACUAACAAAACACGAGUAAAAAAAGACAUUGCUAUCUUUCUGUUUAGUCAUUCAUACAUAUAUAACUUGAUUUAAUUAAUUUUUUCGUUUUUCGAAUUAGCCACCGCUUCCAGCACGAGUUGUUCUAAUGGGAGUAAGCUGUAUCAACCAGGAGAUGAGUUCGUCACAAAUUGCAAUAAAAGAUGUCGUUGUCAAAAUAAUGGUCAAGUAAAAUGCGUUUCUUUGUGUCCAAAUGACAAAUCUAGUUGUAUGGUAGAUCACACUGAAAAGAAUGUGUUGGUACCAACACUGUACAACAAGUGUCAAUGUACAGCAAAGGCUUGCAAACCAAAACCAUAUAACGGUAAGUUCAUGAUGAUUUGUGAGAUUUACAGCCAUGAACAACCUUUGCAAAAUUUAGUGAAUCUUUUGUUCAUUUUUUUCACUAUUUUCUUUAAUAUAACACUUCACCUAUAACGCUGUGAUUUUUUAAAUAGUCCGAAAUUCCGUUCUCGAAUUUUGUUAUAGCUCCGGCAGUAUAAACGAGACAUUCGUAAGUCCUCGGGUUCGAUUCCCCCGCGACAUUUUUCUUCCUUCAUUCUUCAAUCCUAUAUAGUGUUUCCGGCCGUUACCAAAAUAAACGUUAUUCCGUGUCCCGUCAACUCUAUAUAGUGCAUAGUGAAGGCUGAACAGUAGGAAGUUUUAGAGCGGUGUCAGUUUAUAACAGGACUACAAUUCUCCAACCGCACAGAUUAAAUUCUCCAGAAUGUUCUGUGAAAGCAACUCUGCAUGACAACGAAUUAUAGUAAUAGUUAUUCAAACACUCAUUAUUAUUCAUUUAGGCAAAUUGUCCAAUAAUAUGUGCCUAUUUGUGCCCAUGCAUGUGAAGGCAUUAUAUACAGUUUAUACCUGGUAAUAUACGGCCGGAUAAAAUCCAGGAAAAUUAUUUCAUUAUUAAUAUUGCUUUUCAUUUUGUACAGACAAAUGUAUUGUGAAUGGUCAUACCUACACGUCUGGUGACAAUUUUGUGUCUUCUGAUUGUUCAAACAAAUGCACAUGUCACCCUGGAGGAAAAGUAUUCUGUGUCCCGCUCUGCUCACCUAAAGGAAAUACUUGUAAACUAGACGAGCAAGCAGUUCAAGUGCAAGAAAAGGUCGUCAAUACUACCUGCACAUGUCCAGCUUUGAAAUGUGUAAAAAACAACCAAACGAUAUCUGUUGUUGGCCACGUUAAUACAAGCACACAAGGUAGAUCGCAUUUUAUUUCAUAAACAAUGACUAUAUAUAUGACGGAGAGCUAAUACUGCCGGGAUUCUAAGAUUGUCAGAAUUUUAAUGAAGGUAGUAAAAUGGGGUUUGGAGAAUAAGAGCAAUUUCACGAAAAUCAAAAUGAAUGUUUUUACUUUGCGAAUUUUAUUUUCUAUCUUGAGUGUUUAAUUUAUUUCGUUUCAAAUCUCUUUCACCAUUGAAAGCUCAACAUUGAAAGAAUUUUAACUUUCAAAACAAAUACUAGAUAUUUCUAGCGGUAAAAAUCAAGAAAAUUUAAUGCGGCAUGUAAUGCAGCAAAUUAGCGUUUUCCCGAAAAAAUUACCGGCAAUCACGCGGCUCAUGGUUAGUCAUAUAAAUCACAUUUCAAGACACAAAAUUCAUGCAGUCAUUUCACUUAUUUUCACAUUUCACUGUAAGAAAUAUUGGCAGUUCGACGGCUCACGAAAAUACCCUACUACCCAACUAAUGCUGGAGGGGGGGGGGGGGCAAGGAUAUUUUCGUGACUCGUGAUCAGCAAUUAUUCGUGCUUCGUGAUUCGUGAUUUGAAGAAAUACCAUUCCGUGAAUCGUGAUUAAUAUGCGUGCCGUGAUAUUAUCAAUAUUUUACCCUAACUUGUGAAUGUUUACGCUCCAAAUUUAAUAUUAGGGUUAAAAAAAUGAAUAAAUUUGCCGCUUCCCGCGGUUGUCUUUCUUGAGGUUUCCGCUUCGUUUCAUCGUAAACUCCGUCGUUAUCGUAUACCUUCAUCCCCCCCCCCCCCCCUUAGACUUCGUGAACCAUCGUAAGACGCUCGUAAUGUUUCGUAAUGCCUCGCAAUGAUUUCCAUAGUCCUUUAAAAGCUCAAAUGUAAAAGUCAGUAAAAUGUGUAUGUGUUAACAUCGAUUUCUGCUGUCUAGAAAAUUGUUAAAUGGUUUCAGACUUUGUUACGCGCGCUUCUGUGUUUCUAAAAAUCGUGAAAACGAAAUUUUGUUUUUCGUGACUCGUGAAAUCUAAAAAUGGUCUUCGUGAUUUCGUGACGGGACCCCCUCCCCCCUUGCCCAUGCGGCGUUGUUUCGGCCCACUUUAGUCUAACUCUUAACAUUUAAAAUCUUCAGCUGGUAAUAAUGGCCCUCUAUGAUUUAAUCAAAUUCAAGAAGACACAGUGAAGACUGAUGAUUCUAUAGAAAUCUUAUAAUUCCAGGUUUUGAAUGGUUUACAUUUUUUAUUUUUCUAGUAUCAACAAAACCAGUUCUUCCCAAGCACUCAUGUACAACACCAAGUGGAAAGAUUUUUAAUAUUGGCGCGGUUUUCUCUGACAACAACUGUACUUCUCAAUGCUUUUGUCAAAAUGGCGGCGUAAUUUCAUGUCAUGCUUUGUGUUUCCCUAGUGUGCCUGAUAGUUCGUGCACGAAUCACAAAACUGUACAAAUGCCAACUGGUUUACCUGAUGCCCAAGGAAAAAGCUGUUCUUGUCCCUUUGUCACGUGUGUCUGAGCAGUUAGUUAUUUAAUUAGUUAAUACGGCUACUGAGUACUGAUGGUACUGUAGCAUGAUAACGCUGUUAGCGUUUAUCUUAAAAACGUUUGCUUGACUUUUUAGACUAAAUUAGUUAGAGCCGUUCAUUUUUUAUCACAAAGAGUUGGCUGUUGUUUUCGUAUCGGGUCAUUAAAGCACUGAUUAUAAAGUCUUCAUUAACAGCAUCAUUAGAGAUUUCUAUUCAAUGCAGCCUAGUGAACGUACUUACUUACAUGGCUACGAAGUACAAUGGACUACAUUGGUUAACUAAUAAUGCCGGAAGUUCACGUGGAAGAAGAACGAAAACCGCCAUAAUGAUUCCUGACAAAAAUGAACGGUCUCUUAGACAACUAUUGACAAUCAUCAAACUAGUCAUAAAUUAAUUCAUAAAUAUAUGAUAGCCUAUUUUAUAAAUAAAAUGUUACUUAAAAAUUGAAGAGAUUUGCAAUAUUGUGUCAACC